UGGACAGACACGCAACUCAUUUCCAGUUCAGCAGACAUGUUUUCUCUCUGCCUGGAUGUAGAAGACGGACAGCACCUAAAGUAAGAGAUUUUAUAACAGACUCUCGGGUCUCCCGGGUAAAUGUUCAUAACUGACGGGCACAGUCGGCUGUAAAAAUGGUGACUCUCAAACACUUGAGUGUUAAGGACGAAGGUGAUGAAAACAAUGUUCCUCUGUUACCUGAAGCCAGCAGCUCCGAGAUCCCAACCACACAACACCGGAGGGCAGAGUCCAUGGAAUUCAUUGUCAGCCGGAGGAGCAAUCUCAUUUUGAGCAUUUUUUUGUUGGUGAGCUGUUACUCUGCACUUCUGGUUCCUGCAUAUCUAUCAAACCAAGAGUUGAUCUGGAUCAAUGGCAGCUCGAUGGAAACCUUGGCUCUUCUGAAUCAUUCAGCAGCCAUGCUGUCUCAGUCAUGCCGCAGCGGGUGGAGUGUGGAGAGGAUGAGGGAACUGUCUACACCCGCUGGGCUCCUGAAGAUUCCUGUCUUCCUUAAAAAUGGAACAGGUGACUGGACGCUCCCGCCUCCUCUGGGUCUGCUGGGCAGUGAGGAGAGGGUGUCUCUGGCCCUGAGAGCUUUACCUCACACUGGAUUACCUUCUGGAACAAAAACUUGCCGGAGAUGUGCGGUGGUUGGAAGCGGAGGCGUUUUACAUGGCAAAAAUCUUGGACCUCAUAUUGACCAGUAUGACAUUAUAAUCAGAAUGAACAAUGCACCAGUACUUGGAUUUGAAAGAGACGCCGGCUCAAGAACUACCAUUCGUCUGAUGUACCCAGAAGGGGCUCCUUCCAUUUCUGAGGAAUACAAGAACACUGAAGUGGUGGCCUUGGUUGUAUUCAAAAGCUUAGAUUUGGCAUGGCUCACCUCGGUAGUAACCAAAGACCCUUUGAGCUGGUGGUCUAAACUUUGGUUCUGGAGGGAUGUGAUAGACUCAAUUCCUCUUCAACCAGAAAACUUUCGCAUUCUGAACCCUGAAAUCAUGUACAGGACUGGACAGGUACUGCAAACCUAUUCCGGGCAACAGAAAAAGAUGGUACCGACAUUGGGGAUCAGUGCAGUAGUUCUGGCCCUGCAGGUGUGUGAUGAGGUGAGUCUCGCUGGAUUUGGAUACGACCUGCAGCACCCUGGAGCUCUGCUGCAUUAUUACGAAUCUCUCCGCAUGGAUGCCAUGAUGACUCAGGUGGUUCAUGAUGUCAGCGCUGAGACCAUCUUACUGCGGGAACUAGUUAAAGCUGGAGCCGUGCAGGACCUGACAGGUGCAUUAUGACGACAUCUAAGACUACUCACUCGCCUCGAAGUUGUUUAGAACAUAUAAUAAAGUUAUUCAAUUAAAAUGAAUAACUCCUAAAAUACUUAUACAAAAUUAAAGGUUCUAUAAUCCAAAAUAUAAUCUGUCUCGAAAACUCAUUUCUAUUUAAGUGUAAAUACAUGAAUAAAAUCAAAUUUAAUGGACGUUAUAAGUAUCAUGGAUUAAAUCAAAAUAUAGUUGUUGAUAUGUCAGAGAUUGUGUCAUUUUUCAUUUAAUACUACAUACAAUAAAUGAAAGGUCGAAAACUGA